AUGGAGAGAUCAUACGCCUCAGCCGUGCCACAGAUGGAGGCCGACGUGAUGAUGGCGCAGCUUCUUGGAGCUCAUGGUGACCGCCUCUUCGCCUAUGAGAGUGUGGACGAGUCCAUGGAGGCAAUGGCGGCGAUGUUCUUGCCUAGCCUCGACACCGACUCCAACUCCUCCUCCAGCUGCCUCAACUACGACGUGCCUCCACAGUGCUGGCCUCAGCACGGCCAUAGCAACAGCGUCACCAGCUUCCCUGAUGACCCAGUUCAUGGCUAUGAGAGCUUCGAGUUUCCGGUCAUGGAUCCGCUCCCGCCUGCCCAUUUCCACGCGCAUUGCGGCAUCCCCUACCUCGGUGAGGAUCUGAGCCCUCCACAAUGCAACCAUCCAUCAGCAAGAGUAGAAGAAGCUGCAAAUGUUACAACACCAAUGGCCAACAAGAGGAAGUCUAGUGCUGCCAUGGCGGCGUCAAAGAAGAGCAAGAAGGGUGGCAAAAGAGACCCUAUUGGCAGUGACGAAGGCGACAACGCCUACAUCGACACGCAAAGCUCCAGCAGUUGCACCCCAGAGGAGGGAAACCUGGAGGGCAAUGCGAAGUCGAGCUCGAAGAAGACGGGUGCUAGGGCAAACCGUGGCGCAGCAACUGAUCCUCAGAGUCUCUAUGCAAGGAAGAGGAGAGAGAGGAUCAAUGAAAGAUUGAGGAUCCUGCAGAACUUGGUUCCCAAUGGAACAAAGGUUGACAUAAGUACUAUGCUGGAGGAAGCAGUGCAGUAUGUCAAAUUUUUGCAGCUUCAGAUUAAGUUGCUAAGCUCUGACGACAUGUGGAUGUAUGCACCAAUCGCUUACAAUGGAGUCAACAUCAGCAACAUUGAUCUGAACAUCUCUUCUCUGCAGAAAUAAAUAUCGCCUCGGAAAUACAGAGCUAACACUGAGUUGCAUAGAGAUUGAUUGAUUCUGGCCCAUAUAGUCCCAAAUAUCAUGCAUGCAAUGUAACUUUAUUC